AUGUCUUCUUCUAGAGGAAGUCAGACUCCGAAGAAGAGGCUUUCGUCCCUUUAUACAGAAAAGGUAACCCCAGAGAUGCCACCCACAACAGAGGACUGGCCUAUAGAUGAUGAGGAGUAUCAUCUUGAAGAUAUAGGUCAGGAGCUGGACUCCCUGCCUCAGCCCUAUCGAAUGAUUAACAAGCUGGUGAACCUUCUGUUUGACCGGUCAUGGCAAAUUAUUGAAGAGAGGAACACAUCAAAGGGAACUGAGAAUCGUCGGAUCCAGCCUACCACCUACCCCCCAUUUCAAGAAAUCCAGCUCAACAAAAGAGCAAAUUGUAUGGCUGUUUCCCAAGACUAUCUGUUUAUUGGAGAAGCCAAAGGAUUCUCUAUUUAUAAUCUAUAUACUGCUAAACAAAUAUAUGUUUGGGAGAAACUUAAAGUUGAUAUCACUUCCAUCUUGGUCUCAGAUUUGGGGAGUGAAAUACUUACUGCUCUUAUAGAUGAAAUAGGUAUCAUUAGACUGCUUUAUUUUUAUAAGGAUAGUCUUUUCCUAAUCAAAGCCAUCAAUGAAGUGGAGGAUGCCAGCAAGCAAACCGCCUGUACAAAGAUGGAGAUCUCUCAAGGAGGGGACUUUGCAGCUUUCCUCCUGCAAGGAGCUGGAGAUGUUUGGCUGGAUGUGUAUAAAUUGCCCAAGGAGGCUUGGCUCAAGGAAUUGGAACACCCCCAACUCACUUUAAAUUCAAAGAAAAAAGGCAAACAACCGAACAUUCUCGAUCCCAUUGCUACAGAUAACUUAGAAAUGGAUGUAAUUUGUUUUAAAGGAGAUGUGAAGUUGAGUCCUCCAGUUUACAUAAUGAGGAUUAAACCACCUAAACCUAUUACUGGCACUGCAUUUAAAAGUCCCCUGGAAGUCUUUUCAAAGAUAGAAGACUGCUAUGGGCUGGGCUCCGGGCAGAACCACUUCAUCAAGGAAAGUCAGUGGGAGCAGCAGGCAGAGAUCCUCGGGACUUCCUACAGGAAGCGCCUGGAUGGUGCAUGGGAGGAGGAGCCCAUCAGCACGGCCACCUUCCACUUCCUCCUUCCUAGCUGCAUCUUUGCAAUGCCAACAGAAGUCAAGAACCCCUCAGGAGUAGCGUGUGUCCUCAGCAUACACUGGAGUGGAAGUCACAAUUUUUUCCUCUAUUCGCUGCAGCGAACUCUGAAGGAUAAAGCUGACCCCGAGAACGUGUGGCCCUGUGCUGCACCCAUUGCAGUCUCUCAACUCAGCUGCUCCUCAUCCUACCUGGUGCUGGCCUGUGAGGACGGCGUGCUUACACUUUGGGACUUGGCUGAAGGAUUCCCUCUUGGGGUCAUUGCUCUUCCUGAAGGAUGUUUCUGCCAAAGUAUUCAUUUCCUAAAAUACUUCUUGGUCUACAAGGGACAGAAUAUGUAUCCUGAGGAUCCGGUGAAAUCCCAAAUGAAAUGUGUGGUGCUGUGCACAGAUGCUUCCCUCCACCUGGUGGAAGCCAGUGGGACCCAAGAACCUACCAUCAGUGUGCUCAUUGAGAGGCCUAUAAAGCACCAGGAGGAAGCCAUCUGUGCAGUGGCCCCAGUUCCAGCCCUACCUGGCAUGGUGCUGACCUUUUCUAACAAUGGCUCUGUGUGCCUCAUGGAUGUGGCCAAGUCUGCAGUCAUCUGUGCCUUUGCUCCCCCCAUAUCCUCCUAUCUGGAGGUCCCCUGGAAGCCGAUGUUUGUGGUAUCUUCACACCACCCAUGUUUCCUGCUCAGAGAUGACUAUCCUCAUGAAACUGGAUCCACCAAUAAUGCUAGAAUCCAAAAUUCUAUUUUCUAUUUUAAUUUUGAGGCAUACCCACUCCUGGAAAAAAUCUCAAAAAAUUGUACCAUUCCUCAAAGGAACUUGAUGGAUAACAUAGCCUUCCCCCAGGCAUUGCCCUUGGAGACAAGAUGCGAACGUUUCCUCCAGAAGAGCUUUCAGCAGCUGGAGAAGAACCAGGUGAAGGAGCAGGAUCACUGGAGCCGGCUUCGGAAGUACUCCUUGCUUCUCCACAAGGAGAACUUCAAGAAGUGA